UCACCCCAGCAGCCCGGCCCCCAACUGGCCCCGCCCCCUGGGCGGUCCCAUCGGCCCGGCCCUCCUGUUGUUGGGUUUCCCUCGCGCCUCUAGCUGCUGCCGCCCGAACAUGGCUGCGCGGGUGUGCAGCAUCUCGGCUAGCGCGCUCCGCCGAGCGGCCCUACGGAGGGGCCCGGGGCCCGGCCACCCCGCCGGAGCUACACCUGGGGGGCCGAGGACCUACUCGAAAGACAGAGAAAGCAGCUGGUUCCGGUCCCUCUUUGUCCACAAAGUAGAUCCCCGGAAGGAUGCCCAUUCUACCCUCCUGUCAAAGAAGGAGACCAGCAACCUGUACAAGAUUCAGUUUCACAAUGUGAAGCCUGAGUGCCUGGAUGCCUACAACAGCCUGACGGAAGCAGUACUCCCCAAGCUUCACCUGGACCCAGACUACCCUUGUGCCCUGGUAGGGAACUGGAAUACCUGGUAUGGGGAGCAAGACCAGGCAGUGCACUUAUGGCGAUUCUCAGGAGGCUAUCCUGCCCUCAUGGACUGCAUGAACAAACUCAAAGUGAACAAGGAGUACCUGGAAUUCCGGAAGGAGAGGAGUAAGAUGCUACUGUCCAGGAGAAACCAGCUGCUUCUGGAAUUCAGUUUCUGGAAUGAGCCCCUGCCUCGUGAAGGCCCCAACAUUUAUGAACUAAGGACUUACAAGCUGAAGCCAGGGACCAUGAUUGAGUGGGGAAACAACUGGGCCCGAGCAAUCAAGUACCGUCAGGAAAACCAAGAAGCUGUGGGUGGCUUUUUCUCCCAGAUUGGAGAGCUCUAUGUGGUCCACCAUCUCUGGGCCUAUAAAGACUUGCAGUCCCGGGAGGAGACACGCAAUGCAGCCUGGAGGAAGAGGGGCUGGGACGAGAAUGUAUAUUAUACAGUCCCUCUGGUACGGAACAUGGAGUCUCGUAUUAUGAUCCCCCUGAAGAUCUCACCCCUCCAGUGAGCCUGCGGACUCCUUCCUCAUCCCUGGAGGGAGCUGUUAGCCAGAAGAGCCCCUCCUCUUCUCCCCAUGUCCUCCCCGCUCCCUCUACCCUGCUCUCCCCCUACCGUCCUCUAAGAUUUCAUGUCUCAUUCCUUCUUGGGGGUCUGGCAAGACCCAGGGCCCUAAGGGAGUUAUUUAAGGCUGAAGUUAGCUGAAUUAGACCAAGACCUGGCUGCUUCUAAUUCUCAUCCACCUCUUCCCCUUUCUCUUCUUCCUUUGGUUUCUUUCACUCUGUGGAUAGAGCCUAGGGCUUGGAAUCAGGGAGACCUGGGUUUAAAUCAUGCUUAAGACAUUUAUUAGAUGUGUAACUAGCUGGGUACUUCCCUUCUUUCUGGGCCUCAGUCUCCUCAUCUGUAAAAUAGGGACCACAGUACUACAGUACCACAACAGGGUUGUUGUGAGGAGCCAACCAGAUCAUGUAUGUAAAUGGCUUUGCACACCUUAAAGCUAACUAUCGUUAUCGUCAUCAUGCUCUUCCUCCUGCCAGUUACUGAUCCCCUGGGAAGGUAGGAGCAGACCUCAACUUCAAAUUUCCUUUCCCCAAGGGCCCUUGGCUCUGGCUGCCUCAACCUGGUCUCCUUUCCUGUAAACCUCCCAAGUGUAAUCAUAUUUCCAUAAGAGGCGGCAUUGUCCUGUGGUUAAAGCUUGGAGGCAGGAGCUGGAUUCGGAUUUUAGCUAUUAAUGCAGUUGUCUGCUUGAUAGAAGAGGAACCCUCCCAGUAUGUUUCUCUUUUUACAGAGCUCUGGGCUGUGCUUUCCCUUCACUGUCUCUGUAAUGGAGGUUCUGGCUGUCAUUUUCCUUCUCUCUCCUCCCUCCUAUAUUCCUCUUGAGUCCUUCCUCCAUCAUUAUCUUUGCUGCCAUGUGGGGAUCAUGUCAGUACCUGGGAAGAGUGGGGUUUGGCCUCUUCAGGUCCCCUAUACUCCCCAGAUUAUACCCCAAGAGGCUUGGAUCCACCCCUUCUGGGACAGCCUGUACUGAAAGUCACUGACUAACCUAAUUAAAUAUUUAAUAGAAA